AUGCUGUCGAGGUGGAAAGAAAAAGCGGAGUCUACCGAGGAGGAAGACCGUGAAAAAGAGCUGGAGGCCCUAGUUUUACCCAGUAACGAGGAAUGGAGGUAUCAGGUGUACUAUCGUCUAGUCGAUCUCCAACGAGAAAUCGAUUCUGGACUGGAAAUCACAUUGAGGAUGGGGGAGGAAGGAGAGACCCUUGAAGAACCGAGAACCGUGAUGUUCAAGCAGAUGUCCCUGUCGAAGACUUUUGAGUGGGAACCCACUGGUUCAAGCAUGUCCUUUUGGGUGGAUGUCAAGAGACGAAGUGUAGAUCAAUUUGAUUCCUCCGUGGACACGGGAUCGAUGACAGAUGAAGUAAUCGAACCUUUGUGGAGAGUCAAUGACAUUCUAUUGGCUGCCAAAGUCCUUCAGAAAAGGUUCUUAUCGCAAGUGAUUGCGUUUACAGAUGAGGCAGAAAUGAGACGAGUAUUCGGACUGACUUACGAUGUUCUCAGAUAUAAACAAGUACUGAACCAAACUCUAGAAGACUCGGAUUUCUGGAAAAAGUACCGCACCUUCAGGAGUCGAGACAGAAUCGUCUGGUUGUUGCUGUAUGACAUGCAGGGGAGGAAGUUCUCACGGAGUCCCCAGGUGGCAAUUCAAGAAGCUCGAGACAAUGCAUUCAAGGAAGCUGGCAUCCAAGACAUAGAGGAUGCCCUCGUCGAGAGAAAAACGCGCUUGGCUGCGAGUGUUUCGCGAUUGCGAAUCGGAGGAUCUGCCCUCACCUUAGAGCACCUGCUGCCCAUCCACUUGAGGAACUCCACCGGAGUUUCCUGGACGGAUGAGAAUGCAAUAGCUUCGGGAUGGGUCAACACACUGAAGAUUCCCAAUAAAACCGAUUUCAUCAGCGAGAUGUCGAAGCUAAAUCUGAGAUUGGCCAUCAGCAACGAAGAUCUGGGGGAUGACAGUUAUAUAUUCGACCCGGUAUGCCCCAAGGUCGUGAAUUUUCGAGAGAGAACUCGGGAGAGAAUCGCCAUGUCGACGUUAGUAGAGAGAAAGAGUUUUAUUUUUUUGGAGAGAACUCUCUGUCUGGGAGCCGCUGCGCUGGUGCGUGCUGUCAACAAGGGAAAAUUGUGCGGCCCAAUAAUCCUCACACAUCCCAUUGCUCCAAGACACACGGGCUACCUCGCAGGACUUUUUGCGGAUAUCGAAGAUGCUGGCAGGCUACUAGCUUUUGGAGCAAGUCUUCAGCGAGCCGAGUACGAGAAUUAUCUGCAGGAGUUGGGCUUCACGGAGCGCGAGGUUCGAAUAUUUGCUGAGAAAUACUCGGAGGCUCCCGGUUUCUCUGAGAUGGAACGAGCUACGAUAGUCCUGGCCACUCCUCCAUGCAGCUACACAGGAAUCAGAGACAUAGUGGACCUGUCAGUAGCACGUGGAGGUGACACUGAUCUCCUAGAAUCCCUGACGACCAUUGACGACAAGUCUCAAUUGGAGAGACCGAAGCGACUCCUCGCAGAGCAGCUCUCCAGUCUGAAAUACGCUCUGAUGAGACCGAAUGUUCAACUCCUGAUUUACCAAGUGCACAGCGUUCUACCCUCAGAAACGACGGAGAUGGUGGAGCAAGUGGUCGAUUACGCCAAUGGAAUAGCAACAGACAAGUACGCAAAAGAGCAUACAAAGCGAAGAACACCGAAGGACACUAGUCCGAAAAGUGCUGGGAGAUCUUCGAGAAUUGGAAAGCAAUCGUCGAUGCAUCAGGACUCAAAAAGUCGCUCUCACGAGGAAGAGGAAGACGAGGAAAUAGCUGUUGUCACGGAUAUUCAUGUUCCCGAUAGUGAUCUGUUUGAGAUCGGUCGUAUGGCUGAUCUGAAUGUCGACGAAUCGAGUGUAACAAUCCCUGAGGAUGAGAAUGGCUGUUACCUGGGGCUGGUGAGACGCAAGGAGAUGAUGCAGUUCAAUUCCCUUUUCAUGAUCAAGGUCGCUGAGUCUCGGGGCCUCUUCGGAGAUCCCAAUACGAAGCCCAAGAGUCCAGAGCAUCCGGAGCCCCCAAAGGACGAGCCCAAGAGCCCAGGUGGUGGAAGGAAGAAGAAGAGGAAGGGAAAGAAGAGUAUCAGUUGGGGGAGGAUAACAGCUCCAACUCACGCGUUCAUAUUGAGGUCCGAUAACCGAGGCACCAGGAGAACGUCUGUUGAUGACGCCUCCAGUGGAUUCUCCUGGGGAAGGGACAGGCUGUCCUGUCCUAAGUAUAGUCAACGAAUUGCGAGGAACGAGUGCUCUCUCAGUGCUCAAGUACGAGAGACAAGGCGAACCGACGCCAGGAGAUGGUGGGAACAGUCCGCUGCUUUUCUUCUUCACGCUGCCAGAUGCAAAUCCUGUAAAUUUCGGAUUUUUCACACCGAUCCGUGGACUCGCCGGGUUUUAUAUCCCCCGAGAGUGCAGCGGAUCGUUUUCACUGGGGAAAUCUGA